AUGUUUGCUUAUUUUGUUGCUGUUCAAGAUAAGAUGAGCUUUUUAGCGAAGAUGUUUUUGUUCAUGAAUCCGUGUGCCAAGCCAACCCCCGUUGAUGGGGAUGAAGAUGACCAUGGGAACGGCACGCCGAACACAAAAGAAGCCGUCAAGGGUCUGUCGUUGCAGAUUAAGGAUCUGGCGCUGAAGCUUUCAUGGAAGAAAAUCAAAGCUGGCAACCCCAAGAGCAUCAAGUAUGACACCGUUUCUGAAGAGGGGGUUCCAUACGGCUACAUUGGUGGUGGAAGCGCAAGUUCAACCCCUGCUUUGGACUACACAAACCCCAAUCAAUCCCCAAUUGGUAACACCACCCCUGGAGGGCGUCAACCUCAACCACCAGCUGGUAGUGUAGCGAUGGUGGACGUGACUGGAUCCAACAAGUGGAUAGCAAAGAUGGAGCCAGGUGCUCACAUCACCGUUGUGUCUCUUCCUACUGGGGGCAAUGAUCUCAAAAGGAUUCGCUUCUGCCGAGACAUGUUUGAUAAGCCGCGAGCCCAGAGGUUGUGGGCUGAGAAUUACGACAGGAUCAGGGAGCUUCAUAAUAUACAUAAUUUAAAUCAACAUGUUUUCAACACUCCUGCAAGGUCUAAUGAUGAUGAGAUUAAGGAUCUGGCGCUGAAGCUUUCAGGGAAGAAAAUCAAAGGUGGCACCUCCGAGAGCAUCAAGUAUGACACCGUUUCUGAAGGGGGGUUCCACACGGCUACAUUGGUGGUGGAAGCGCAAGUUCAACCCUUGCUUUGGACUACACAAACCCCAAUCAAUCCCCAAUUGGUAACACCACCCCUGGAGGGCGUCAACCUCAACCACCAGCUGGUAGUGUAG